AUGUCUUCCCGAUAUUCACUACGGCAGACCCCCAGGAAAAAGGAGCUCUUCGAGGGCAUGAUCGAGACUCCUGCUCGUCGCUCCACACGUAGAAAGUCGCAGUUCCCCGAGACCGACGGUGAUUCGAGCUCAGCCGCAGAGAGCGAAGCUGUUGCAAAGCCAGUCAACAACACGCGCCGCCGUGUACCCAAAUUCAUUGAGCACAUUGACGAGGCUGCCGAGUCCGACGCUCCUUCAGAAUACUCGCCCGUCUCAGCCACUGCCCCUGAUUUGUCAAACGGAGACGAGAUGGCUCGGAGGAAGGCCUGGCCCACCGCCGUCGCCGCGGCUGAUGAUGUCAAAAUCAAGACUGAGGAGACCUCGGAGACGGAACCCCUUACCAAUGGCAAGCUUCAACCUAAGGCCGUUGAUGGCUGGAUUCCUGGAACUGAUCACCGCAUCGACUCCUCCGGAUUCAAGGACUUUGGCGGAUCUCUUGGCGUAACAACCAUGAUGAUCUGCUUCCCGCUGCUCAUGUACUAUAUGUGGAUAGGUUCCACCUACUACAACGGCAAACUUCCACUGCCGGCCGAUGGCGAGAGCUUUGGCGACUUUGUGAAGAAGCUGUGUUCAUUAGCAUACACCGGAGCGUUCCCCCAUUUGAAGGCCUGGGCCAUAUUCUGGACCUUUUUCAUUUUUCAGGGGACCCUCUACUGCCUCGCCCCAGGUAUCUGGGGCAAAGGCAAACCCCUUGCUCAUGAGGGCGGCAAGCAGCUUGACUAUUACUGCUCAGCACAGUGGAGCUGGUACAUCACUAUUAUUACCGCGAUCGGCCUACACCUGAGCGGGCUCUUCCCGCUGUACACCAUCAUCGAUGAGUUCGGAUCUAUAAUGAGUGUCUGCAUCAUCUCUGGGUUUCUCAUCAGCUCUGUCGCCUACUUCUCGGCCAUUCAGCGGAACGCCCAGCAUCGUAUGACGGGCUCUUUUCUGUAUGACUUUUUCAUGGGUGCUGAGCUCAACCCGCGCAUGUUUGGCAUCCUCGAUUUUAAGAUGUUUUUUGAGGUCCGCCUCCCGUGGUUCAUCCUGUUCCUGACGACGCUGGGCUUGUGCGCUCGGCAAUAUGAGCAGUACGGCUACGUCACGGGCGAGGCAUACUUUCUUCUCAUGGCUCACUUUCUCUACGCCAACGCCUGCGCCAAGGGCGAGGAGCUCAUCAUCACCACGUGGGAUAUGUACUAUGAGAAGUGGGGUUUCAUGCUUAUCUUCUGGAACAUUGCUGGCGUUCCUCUGACCUACUGUCACUGCACCCUCUACCUCGCCAAUCACCACCCGUCCGAGUACGCUCACAGCAAGCCAGUCCUCGCCCUCAUGUUCAUUGGCUACCUGUUUGUGUACUGGGUCUGGGACACAUGCAACUCCCAAAAGAACCGCUUCCGCGCCAUGGAGCGUGGCCACUUGGUCCCUCGCAAGUCGUUCCCCCAGCUUCCCUACCAGACGAUCCAGAACCCUCGCAAAAUCCCUACCCAGACUGGAGACUCUCUUCUGGCUGACGGCUGGUACGGCAUGGCCCGCAAGGUGCACUACACCUGCGAUCUCUACUUUGCACUCAACUGGGGUCUCAUUACCGGCUUCGCGAGCCCUUUCCCGUGGUUCUACCCUGUUUUCUUCGCCGGCAUGAUCGUUCACCGCGCAGCUCGUGACAUCGCCCGCUGCCGCGAAAAGUAUGGAGCCGCCUGGGAGGAGUACGAGAAGCAGGUUCCUUACGUCUUCAUCCCUGUAAGUCACCUAUGA